CAUAAAAUCCAUCCAUUCAUCAAACCAUCUAAAACCCAUAUUAAUCAUGACAUAGCCUGUCCAGGAGUAAGGAGUAGCCUGUCAAGGUAUCACUCUUGGCAUGAGAUUCGGCAGUGGAUCAGACAUAGGUGGAGAAAGGACGAAAGGCCAAGAUGAAAUUGCGAUCAACGCCUCCAUAGCACACAUUGUGCUGAGCUGCGUUGCUGGCCAAGGAAUAAGUCACUGGAAUGAAAUAAACUUCACUCAACCUGGAAUGCAUGGAAACCUAUUUCUGUUUGGAAUUUUUGGAUACCUUCUCCACCAAAGCGCAAGAUUUAAAAUCAAUAUGGGCCCGGUCUACAAUUUCAGCAGUAAAGCUACGCGAUAUCUCCCCAUUCCCUGCAUGAUGGCCGAUCUCUACAAGGGCAAUCACCUUUUCGCAGGCUUACAUUUGAUGUCCGGCUUAGUUCCCUUCUCACUGUCAAUGAUGGGCACAAGUUUCGACAGUGCGCAAGUGGGGAAUUUAGUCAUAGCUGGCAACAUUAUUUCUUUAGGACAUUAUUCUUUGGAGAACAAUAUGGAAUGGGGAUUUUAUACCGCCGCUGCCGCUGUUUUUACAUAUUAUAUGUGUCCGCAAACGGGUCCCAAGAUCAUCUAUCCUUUCGGUUUAUCCUUGAUGGAGUAUUGCGCUUAUAGGGCAUUUAAAAUCAAAUUAGAACGGAAGAAGAUGAUAAUGAAUUUUAUCAUAGCCGUGCUGCUUAUUAUUGAUCCAUGUGGGUGUUGAUUGCGAAGAAAAGCAGCA